CUGGUGGAAAAUUCAGUCCAAAGAGGGACCCAUCAGCAAAAAAAUUCCACUCGCUUUUAGCACCUUAUAAUGUUUAUAAACAAACAACCAUUAAACAAACACAAAAAAUUCAAAAAACACCAUUCUCUUCUUCUUUUUCUUAUUCAAUAAUGGCUUUAUAAAAUCCUAUCUUCUUCUUUCUCUUGUUGUUCUUCUUCUCUUCAAUCAUCAAAGCCAAGCUUGAUCUCCACCCUUCGGACCUCAACGCCUUUAGAACUCUGCAAAGAGACCUUGGUCUCAACUCUCAAUGUACUUUUAGUCAACGGUCAAGGCUUCCAUGGAUGGUGUGUUCUGCUACACCGUCACAGCCACCUACGUUCUCCAAGAAUCUCAAUGGAACCCUCUCUUCCGCCAUUGGACACCUCACUGCGCUUAAAGAACUCUCUUUAUCUGAUAACAACCUCCUUGACCGCAUCCCAAACUCCAUAGUCAACCUCAAGAAGCUCGAAAUCCUCGACCUCCGUGGCAAUGGCUUCUCCGGCGAAGUCCCGCCUCACCUUUCUUCGCUUGCAAGGCUCCGACUCCUCGAUGUCUCCUCCAACAAGUUCCUCAAGUAUUUUUCGAACUUGGAAAAGCUAAACGUCGCCGACAACCUCUUUGUAGGUCGUGUCCCGGUUUCUAUUCGCUCGUUUCGGAACCUCAGACAUCAACUUCUCCGGCAAGUUUCCUCGAAGGCUCGACGCCGAUUGCCAAGAGUUACAAUGAAGUCGAAGACUUCCAGUCUGCUGUCCCAAGACACUUCAUCUUCGCUGAGGACGACGGAGAGAGUAACGGCGGCAGCAUCACCGCUCUUGCGCCAUCUCCGAGAUCAAACAAAAGGAGGAGGUGGAGGAGCUAUUUUCCUAGUUUUUGAUAUUGUUAGUUGAGAGUUGUAACUGUAACUGACUUUGUUUGAUCGGUGUGAUGUAGGGCGAACCUGAGGAGGGCGAAGCUGGAUCCAUCGGCGGAGCACGGUGUCAGGAAGUUCUCCGAUCUGACGCCGGAAGAGGCAUCACCUUGGGUUGAAGCUGUUAGUCCAGUCAAGAACCAGGGAGCUCAACACAAUAGAGUGGAG